AUGGAUCUCAGACAACCAUCCUCCAGCUCCCCCAGCUCAUCCCCAUUCCCUUCAGCACAAGUUCCGCCCGACCACAAUCCUCAUCAUCCCGACGCCGAUGAGAACAAUUCCACACAGCCUAUACCUAGCCAGCUCUUCCACGACUUUCUAAACGAUGACCCGCCACAUUUCGACAUAUACGGCGCGACACAGGACGACCAGCGCGACGACAACCAGCGCGACGACGACUUUGAUGCAUCAACCCAACUGCCUUUGUCUCUAAUGUGA